CCUUCAAGUUUUUUUGAUUUUUACGAUAGAAAGAAGCAUCGAAAAUUUUCAGGGAACACAUAUUCCUGAUCGCCGUAAAAUUCUCUAUCGAAUGGUGUCUGAAACAUCGAAAAAAAAUUUUUUUGCUAGAAUUUUGCUUUGCGUGCACCUUACAAGAAGAAAUAAAUAAUUACAAGCCAAUCUGACGUGAAAUCAGCUGUUCAAAGGUUAAAGAAGAACAAGUGACGUCUUUAAAAGCUUUUAAAGCGCUUGCCUUACUUAUCCUUCGAAGAAGUUAUUAAAGAAAAAAUCUAUGUACAAGUUCUCUAAGACUGAAGCGGCGAAGUAUUUCAUUCACGAACGCCACUGCCAAGCUUCGUUAAGUUUUCCAUUAAUAUACAUUGUAGAGUUUUCAAGACGCAUCGAAUGAUGUAUUGUACUAUGCCAAAUAUUGGAUAGUUACGAAGAAAUUUCGAUUCUACAGUCAUACUGCUCGUGCUGAGGGGUUGUCUGUUUCCAAGUAGAUUCUGUCGUAUAUGUACAACUGAAAGCGCGCAGAAGAUUCGAAAUCAUCGAAUAUGAUGACUUUGAACAAAUUGGAGCGGUAAAGGUCGGUGGGCCAAUUUGAAGGCUUAUGCUGACUGGUCCUUUGUCAGAAGUGGAAAGAAACGCUUUGAUAAUAUUGAUAAUCUUCUUUUCUUAUUUUGAACAAACAUUAAACAAAAUUAUUUCGGAAACUAAGGUUUUGCAAAAGGGAAGCUGCUUCGUAUCUCUUUAACACUAGGAAAAUUUGGUCGGUAUAUCGAGUGCUACUUUUAAAAUGUCUGCAAUCAGAAAACCAAUGUCGAUUAUAGACUUGCAAGAUUUGUAGUGUAUCUAUAGAGUGUCAGGUGGUAGGGUAUGACAAUUGUCAUUAAGACUGUCUCUCUGUGUUUCGAGGCAAAGUUCGUGUCCUUCGACGAGUUCAUAGGAAAAAUUUAGAGAUUGUUCGGUUUUAUUGAGUACUCAACCUACUAAAACCAUAAGAUGAAAUAAACUCCUCUCGGUAUACUGAGCGGUUUCAAUAAACAUUGCGAUAAACCGACGAUGCUCAAUAUUAAAACUCGGCAUGAGUUUUGUUAGAAUCAACCGACAAUUUCUGCGUAAUAUCGUUGUUUAUUUUUCUAGAUACUGAAGUUUGAAAAUGUUGACUUGCAUUUGAUAAAGCGGUUAUUAUUGAGGGAUGGCAGAACUCUUAGAAAUAAAAGUGAGAAAGAUGAUGAUGAUGCAAAUGAUAUAGUAUAUUAUACCGAAUUAAUAGAUGAUAAUCAAACAAAAAAUGACGAGCUUGCAGUGAUAUAUCAUGAUAUUGGAUUUUGUUAUUAUCAACUGACUUUCUACUUAUUAUCAUUAAAAUAUUACAAAAAAAGUUUAGGUUUAUGUUCAAUUAUAACAACUACGACAGAGGAACAACAAAAAUUCAACUAUAAAUUACUCAGUACUACAAUGUCUCUUUAUCAUACUCUAAAUGAUGGUAAAAUGGCACUCGACUAUGCAUUUAAAUGUUUAAGAAUAUUAGAAGCAAUUGAACCGCGUGGAAAUCAAGAACAAAUUGAACUGGCUAAUUAUUGUCAAGAAGCAAUUGAUUUAUAUCAACAACUGACUCUUGAAACUGUGAAUCAACAACAACAGUAUGCCAAUGUUUGGAGCACUUUAGCUGUUAUUUAUUAUGAUUUAGAUCAAAUUUCAGAAUGUUUAGAUUGUUGUCAAAAGUCAAUGGAAAUAUUUAAUAAAACAUCGACAACUCCCCAUGGUACUGCAGGUUUAAAUUAUGAACUCUAUGUUAAUCUACAUCUUAAAAAUGGACAACGUUGGGUAGCUGAAGAAUUCUAUAGAAAAGCACUGAACAUAAUUAAGACUCAUGCACCAUAUGAACUACGCGUGAUUAUCAGAAUUGAAAAUAAAUUAGUUAAAAUGUUUUCAGAUUCAGAGGACUAA